AUGGUUCCUGGAAAUCACUUGAUGCAAGGAAAUUCUGAACCAACAUCUUAUGUUCAUCCAGCUUCCCAAACAAAGGAAUCACACAUGUCUAAUUACUGGGGACCGACAAACGAAAGUACAAAUCACUUUGACCCAACGUUUGCAAUGCACUCAGGUCCUGCUGAGAUCAAUAUAUCCUGCAACCUGGAACAGCAAUCUUACCCGUUCCCUGCGCAGGUAGAUCCUUCUUUAAACUCACUGAACGAUCCUGACUCCGUACAUAACUUACCGUGUUCAAAUGUCCAUCUAGCACCGCAAUCAAGCCAAGAGCACACUAACAUUCAUCAUCCAAAUACAGUAUCUGCCGAUUAUUUAUCAUCUGUUCCCAGCGAUUACACUGCACGUAGAACGAACACCGAAUUCUCUUCAAGUGAUAUCUUGGGACAUAAUUUCGAUCACAAGCGCCAUAGUUCUAAUCGCAUAAGUUCUCUUGAUGUUAACUGUCCCUUUGAAGCAUAUGAUGCUGAUCGAAAAUCUACAAAUGUUCAAAAUCCAGUCGCAUCUGCUCUAAGCUCAAAUGAAUGCAUUGUCCAAACAUCUGAGAGUGGGUUAACUCGACCUUCAGCUAUAUGCUACAUGCCAUCAGAUUCAGUAGGUGAUUGUGGUUGUGAUAUACCUGAUAAUACAUUACCACAUACGCUGUCAUAUCUAAAUGUGAAUAGAUCGUUUAAUAAUAGCGACACAUAUUUGCCAAGUAUUGAUAUUGCUUCGGAUUCUAAUACGUACCGACAGCCAAUGACUGAUCACUCUACUUCUGCAUUCCAUGGAUGGUAUGAUUCCAAUCUACCUUCAAGUUCUAUUUCCGCUUCUGAGUCUUCCUCUAUACCACCGGAUAUCUAUCAUCAACCCAUUAUAAAUAACCAUUUACAAGAUGAUUUAUCCGCUGGUGAUUUUGUAUACCCUCAGUCCCAGUUAUUACAAACCGAUAAUGUAGCGAACAAUUGUAUGCAACCAAAUCAACUUCAGCUUCCAUGUUACGACUAUUUCAAAUACACUGUACAAUAG